AUGUCUGCUGCUGCUGCUGCUGCAGCAGCGGAAGAAGCAGCAGCAGCAGAAGAAGCAGCAGCAGCGGACGAAGCAGCAGAGAGCGACUACGACGCAGCAGCAGCAGGAGCAGCAGCAGCAGAAUUCUACGGACUUCCUGAAGACAAGGGGGGCCCCCCUCGACUUCUUGCUGCUGAUAGUUUUGCUGAUGCUGCUGUUAAUGGUUUUUAUUUUGCUGCUGCAGAAGACCCUCUCAGCAGACUGGGGCGAGCAGCAGCAGCAGCAGGAGACAAAAACUCCUUCUGGGGUUCGGGGGGCCCCCUGGGGGGCCCCCACCAAACCUCCUACUUCCAUUCUAGCCACAGGAGACCCAGGAGGCACUUCUUGUGCGAAGUGAGCCUCCACUCGGCCAUUUGCGGAGCACUCACAUUUAUGCUGGCCUUCAUCUUCGGCCUUUUCACGGUGGUUAUGUUCAUUGACCAAAUCAGCUGCAUCCUCUCCAACACGACAGGAAUUGAAUCUUUGAAGAAAAUUAAAAAUGACAAAAAGUCCAAAACUCAGCUGCUGCAGGAAGUCUUUGGGGGGCCCUUUGGCAUUCGUUGGUUUCUGCCGCUGCCAGUGACGGCGUUUCAGCUGAAGCGUUUUGCUGCUGAGCUGCACCGGUUUCCUGCAGCAGCAACGGCAGCAGCAGCGAACUGCAGCAGCCCUGCAGCAGCAGCAGCAGCAGCUGCUGCUGCUGCUGCUGCUGAUAGUGCUGCUCUUGUUCGCUCUGCUUAUGAAGGAGACAGCUGCGCGCUGCCGCGGGCAACAAGGCGGGGCAAAAGCCCCACAGUCUCCGAAGAGCAGCAGCAGCAGCAGCAGCAGCAGCAGCAGCAGGUGCAGCAGCAGCAGCAGUUGCGCGACCCAGCAGUCGAUGAGGACCCUAUAGAGGAGGAGACAAACAGCAGCAAAAGGGACAUAGGCGCAUCUCCAGGUGUACAGACAGCUCGCGCUGCUGCUGCUGCUCCUUCCCUUUUCACUUCCGCCUUUCUUAGGCAGCAAAGACCUGCAGCAGAAGCAGCAGCAGCAGCAGCCCCAGCUGCUGCUGCCACAGUAGCCCCUGCAGCAGCAACAGCAGCAGGAGAGGCUGCGGACGAACCGGCAGCAGCAGCAGCAGCUGCAGCAGCAGCAGCAGCAGCAGCAGCAGAUGAGGCCUCGCAGGGUCUGCAGCCUCUGCCGUGA